AUCAGGUGUAUCUAAUAGGAAACUUUUCUUUGUAAUUUCUUUAUAAGAGUUUUCUAGAGUGUGGUUUUGGGUCUUCUUCUCAAUGUGGGUUCUGUGCUGCUCUGGUCAUUUAGGAGAGACUCAAGUGGGAUCAGGGAGUCCACUGGAUAAAUAUAUUCUAAUCCUCCUCGACCUUGGGCUCAACAUUCAGUAUCCCCUGUGAGAUCGUACCCCCAUAGACGAAUCUAUCAUGGCAAUUAUUGGGAAAAUACUCCCAUCAGAUUACUUCAGUAAUGCUCUGUACUCAUGUGUAGCAGAUGGCCAUGGUUAUUAAUCAUUGCGCUACAAUGACAUCAGGGUGACACUGUUGUACUCUACCAUCUUUAAGAAAUACAUUUAUGGCUUAAAUUCUAUCUUAUUCUUAAGAAAAGCAUAAACUUUUGAUACAUAGCUAAGGAAACAGCAGACUCAUCAUACAUAUACAGCACCAGUGACUGAAAAUCAAAGGAUAGAAUUGUAACAAUGACAUCUCAGAUGGGACAGCAAGGAAGGUUCGGGGUUUCCCAUGCAGCCCAAAGUCAACAGAAACCAGGGUUGGAAAAGAAAAUGGCUCCUCCGAGCGAACCCACCAAGUUGGAAUCGUGUAGAGGUUUUGUUGAUUAUGUCGGUUCUGGAAAACUGAAAGACAAGAAAGUCAUCGUUACCGGUGGAGAUUCGGGAAUCGGUAGAGCGGUUGCUGUACUCAUGGCAAGGGAGGGCGCCGAUAUUACUAUUGCAUAUCUGCCUGAAGAGCAGGUGGAUGCAGAUGACACCAGAAAACUGGUUGAAGUUGAAGGAAGAAAAUGUAAUCUCUUCGCUGGUGAUCUAAGGCAACACAGUACAUGCCAGAAUUUGGUCGAAGACCAUGUUAAGGAAUUUGGCGCAAUCAACGUCCUCGUCAACAAUGCUUCAAAACAAUACAUGAACAAGGAUUUCGCUCAGACUGACCUGGACAAUCUCGAAGACAUUUUUCGCAGCAACAUCAUCCAGAUGAUGGCUAUUACGAAGUUUGCACUUCCUCAUAUGUCGAAAGGCGAUUCCAUUAUCAACUCCAGUUCCGUGGUGACGUUCCGCGGUUCAUCGAGUAUGGUUGACUAUGCAGCAACGAAAGGUGCUAUCAUAGGAUUCACCAGGUCUCUGGCUAUGCAAUUGACUCCUAAGGGGAUUCGUGUCAAUGCCGUUGCUCCCGGAGCUGUAUAUACACCCAUUCAAGCUGAUACCAGAUCCGCCGAGCAGAUGCAGGGUUGGGGCUCACAGUACUCUCUUGGUCGUCCUGGCGAGCCGAGUGAAGUUGCUCCGACCUACGUCUUCCUGGCUAGUCGUGAGGCCUCAUUGUAUUAUGGACAAGUCAUACACCCCCAUCCCCUGGGAGAUUAAAUGACUUCAAU